AUGCCUAGCUCUACGGGUCAAUACGGGCUGCCGUUUGUCGAGGUGGCCCAGGAAGUGCACUUGCAAAUUGGUUCAAGCCGGAACGGAGCUUUCCACCUUUCACGCCAAUGUGGAUGCUGCCCAUCCUUCGCGCCGAUACCACGGCUGGGUCAACACAACGCCAAACCCCCCAUUUUCAACGCUUCUUCGACCAGCUCGCUGCCCAGCCCGCUUUCGCCUGCUAUCACCAUUUGCCGCCUCCACCUCACCCACGCUUCCUGCAACGACAUCACGGGCCUCUACUAUGCACUUGGCAGCCUCUUUGACGAUCGCUCCCAGCUCAAAGACCUCUGGGGCUUGACCCAUGAAAAACCCCAAACGGCGUGUGUGUCAAAUAGCGAGAAAUGA